GAUGUGGCGCAGAACCCUGCAAUGCAUAUGGUUGCCAGCUCUAGAACAGCCGCAGUCAAGGCAGUGUUGUGUUCGGAGAAAGGGGCUUAGAUUGUAAGCAGCGCUGUAUUUUGACGGUGCACAUAUAAAGUGUCUUGGCCUUUCCUAACCUCUGUGAGGCCCUAAGCGUUACAUGCCCUAAGUCCUCCAUCUCCGGUCCUAUUGCAAUUUUCAAGCCCACGACACCCCGCCCAAAAGACCGGAAAAAAAAAAAAAAAAGAAAAGAAAAGAAAAGAAAGAACUAAAGGAAACAGAAUGUGCAAGCGGCGAUACUUCAUACUCGAUGAGACACUCCCUGCAACUGAAAUUGAUAGCUUUAUGUGUCGGGUAGUCAAGACUGUGUCACGGCCACUCGACGGAUAUGCGCCUUGUUGUCCUCCCGCACAUGGACAACCGUCGCACAACACAAAUGAGAUCAUCCGUGAUAUUCUCCCACAGCCCUCUUUGUCAGCAAAUAGGAAAGAGCUUGUCCAAGUCUUCCGCGAGAAGGGCAUCAGCGCUCAAUUAUCUGCACUAUUGGGAUUGGAACUAAGCCGAGGCUCAUCGGAGACCAGAAAGCUCGAAAGCGAACUCGUGAAACAGUACAGUCUUUCCAACCCCCAGCAAUAUUUCGACAUCCUUAUGCAAAAUCAAGACUAUUCGCGGGACGUUCGAGUACUCUUGGAAAAUGCCAAAUCCCAUCGCGCGUACUUGGUGACUGGCUUUCUUACAGCUGUCAGCACCACCUGGACGAUCGAGACCACGACCAAUACUGCGAACAGCUUGAAUGUGAAUGUCCCAUUAUCGGCGCUGGCCAACGUCCCUGUGCCAGGGGCGUUGGACUUUGGCCUCCAGCCACGAAUCAAUUCUGGCACGCAACGCAGUCGCGAGUUUUCCACUGCGGCUGAGGAGAUCUUUGCGGUGUCGUACUCGGUGGUUGAGUUGAAAUCUCAGAGCAGGCUGUUGCCCGGAUUUGGCCACAAAUCUCCGACUUUGAGGCAUCCGAAAAGGGCAAAGGCCUAUCAUUUAGCUUUGGGGGAUGAUGAUGACAGUAGUGAAGAGAUCGAUCUUGAUUCCGAUGGAGACAUCGAAUACGGCAAGAAUAAAGCAACAUCUGCUGAAGCUUCGGUCAAUCUCAUCGGCGAUAGUGGAGACAUGGAAGCAGUAUAUUCUUGCCAGAAGUACCAUCGUAUUUCGACCUUUGAAUGUUGACAGAAUGGAAUCCCAGAUUUCCUAGUCUAAUAUAUGAGGAUAUUGGACAGCUUGAAUUCUUUCCAGGUUUAAAGAAGGAGGGUAUAUCAUUAUACAAUUGGACUACUAGUUGCAUGGUAUUAGAUUGCUUGGUGAACUGUAUCCUGGGACACACAUACGUGAGCCCUAUACAAACAGCAUUCCUCAACGCGCUCAUGGUUAAUACGUAGUAGGUACCAGUGUUCCUCCUACACAUCCCUGACAACUUUGCCAUUCAUAAUUUUAGUUCUUUUCGUGUUGAAGAUGGAUAAGUACCUUGCAUGGCUGAAAUGGAUGUAAGAUUAACUUGUAAAUCUCAUUAAC